GAGGAGAAACCUGUGAACCUUAGCGUGCAGUUCCUGUUUCGAGAGUCUAUACUUACUGCUGACACAGAUGAGGAAGACAUGAAGAAGCCAGUCUGCUCUCUCUUGGCCUUGGUCGUGACCACGCUUCUGCUUGCAGCUGCAUCUGGUGUGAGCGAUGCAGCGAUGAACAUCACGGCUGUUUUGGGUCACAGCGUUACAUUCAGAUGUCCUUCGAACCACAGCAAACAUGUUGAACGCUUGUACAUACAGAGAGUUACAAAUGAUAAAGAAGACAUGUACAUCAAUGGGUUUUCUAAUGGCCGCGAAAUACCAGGGAAGGGUUACCAGAGCAGAACCAAAGUGAACACAAUGGACUACAGCAUGGAGAUGAGAAACAUCUCAGUCGGUGAUGAAGGAUCGUACAUUUGUGUUUUUGUUUUCGUCGACAAAGCGUACAAACCUGAAAUCUCAGAGAUUUUCCUCAAAGUCACAGCUGAGUACAGCGUCCCCACAAUCACACCUGACUGCAGUGAACAUAGACGCGGCGUCAGUGGCACGGGGAUGAGCUGUCACUUAAGCUGCUCGGCGGUGGGAGGAUACCCACAGAGCACCGUCAGAUGGGCGGGGCUUAAUCCAAGUCUGACGAAUAUAUUUUACAACUGGAGUUUAGCACAUAACGACUCCAAAACAUGGACCAUCAACCAAACCAUCAUGUACAACUGCGACCAGCCAACCAAUGUCAGCUGUGCCGUAGGGGGCACUGUUUCCCACACCAUCACCAUAUGUCAAACAGAAUCGUUCCCACUUCGAGUGAUCGCAGCUAUUGCUUUUGUGGUUGUGUUUGUCCUGUUACUUAUUUUUGUUGUGGUGAUGAAGUGCUACUUUAGAAGACCACAAACCUCAGAGGAUCGAGCUGAGGGAGUUGACGUUCCUUUAGCCGACUGCCAUUCACAGCUUCAGAGCGUCUGAGACGUGACAACGAAACACUCAGGAGAUUUUCGCCAUUCUGUCAAGCGGAAGUGCUUCAGCACCCAGAGCUAUAGGGACAAUUGUCCAGCUGAGCGUUGUGUCUUUAAAGCGGCUUCACUUUCGUAUUGAAGCAGGCUCCGACGGACGCUUUCACGCAGCAAUGCUGGACUGUCCUGGCACAUUUGAACAAGCUUUUAAGAAUGUUCCCUUCCUUUCCCCAGUCAUUCAUUUGGAAGAGCACAUCAUUUCCCCGGUGUCCUGAAGAUGCAGUGGGCUUGUUUUCAUUUGGGUGCAAAUUUAUUUCAGGUUUAUGUUGCCGGAAGAGGGAUUUAUAAUGGUGCUUAUUAAAAGAUUCAAAGUUUCAUGGCUAAAAUUGCUCUGUAUACUUCGCAAUCUCCCGUAUUUCUCAUUCCAAGGAGUGGGAAUUUUAAAGUUCAGAACUUUUUCAAUGACUGAACUGAAGUAAAUAUGCUGAUUUGGGCCAGUUGUAUGGUUGGUACAAUAACCAAGACAGUUUUGAUGACUGUUGUCUAUGUUCAUUUAAGAAUAUGAUGUUGAAAUGGUCUUACGCUGGCACAUUUCAUUAGCUUCUAGAAGCCGAUUUAUUUGAAGCUUUAUUUUUUAAAGCCAGUUCUCAGAUGAGCUAAAGAACCAUAAUUCAUAGAAAUCAAAUACAGUUACAUGAUUUUGCUGGUCAUUCCCCAAAAUGCAUGUUUACCAUCGCAUUACUGUACGCCAACCUGCUAUGUGAUGUCCACAUCUGUCUGUUCAUGUGUACAGUACUGACUUUUUUACUUUUCUACUCCACCGCACUGACAUUUAAAAUAUUUUUUUUUAUUGUGAAACUGUUCUCAAGUUUACAGUAAUGGCUGGGAUAUUUAAUUUUCAAUUAAAAUGAAAUCUGUUUCCGUGUGGAAAUGUCUUAUGCACUUUGCUUUCUGACUGCUUGA